AUGGGGUACACGCCCUCGCGAUGGGUGGGCCAACUUGUCCUCCUAUGCAUCCUCGGCCCUUCGUUGUUGCCUUUGUCCGGGUCGACUAUCACCUUGCUGGACUUGGACAAUGAGGAUAGCGACUACAGCUAUAGCAGUGACUACAAGUAUACCAGCGACUACGACUAUGACCAUAGUAAGGACGCCUUGUUGACGACAAAUAUCACCAACGAGUAG